GCCCCGCGCUGCCCCGCGCCGGCUCCGCAGCUCGCGCCCGCCCGCCUGCCGGCCCGCCCGGCGCCGGGCCAUGGCGCUGCUGCGGGAUGUGUCGCUGCAGGACCCGCGGGACCGCUUCGAGCUGCUGCAGCGCGUGGGGGCCGGGACCUAUGGCGACGUCUACAAGGCCCGCGACACGGUCACGUCCGAACUGGCCGCCGUGAAGAUAGUCAAGCUAGACCCAGGGGACGACAUCAGCUCCCUCCAGCAGGAAAUCACCAUCCUGCGUGAGUGCCGCCACCCCAAUGUGGUGGCCUACAUUGGCAGCUACCUCAGGAAUGACCGCUUGUGGAUCUGCAUGGAGUUCUGCGGAGGGGGCUCCCUGCAGGAGAUUUACCAUGCCACUGGGCCCCUGGAGGAGCGGCAGAUUGCCUACGUCUGCCGAGAGGCACUGAAGGGGCUCCACCACCUGCAUUCUCAGGGGAAGAUCCACAGAGACAUCAAGGGAGCCAACCUUCUCCUCACUCUCCAGGGAGAUGUCAAACUGGCUGACUUUGGGGUGUCAGGCGAGCUGACAGCGUCUGUGGCCAAGAGGAGGUCUUUCAUUGGGACUCCCUACUGGAUGGCUCCCGAGGUGGCUGCUGUGGAGCGCAAAGGUGGCUACAAUGAGCUAUGUGACGUCUGGGCCCUGGGCAUCACUGCCAUUGAGCUGGGCGAGCUGCAGCCCCCUCUGUUCCACCUGCACCCCAUGAGGGCCCUGAUGCUCAUGUCGAAGAGCAGCUUCCAACCACCCAAACUGAGAGAUAAGACUCGUUGGACCCAGAAUUUCCACCACUUUCUCAAACUGGCCCUGACCAAGAAUCCUAAGAAGAGGCCGACAGCAGAGAAGCUCCUGCAGCACCCGUUCACAACUCAGCAGCUCCCUCGGGCCCUCCUCACACAGCUGCUGGACAAAGCCAGUGACCCUCAUCUGGGGACCCCCUCCCCUGAGGACUGUGAGCUGGAGACCUAUGACAUGUUUCCAGACACCAUUCACUCCCGGGGGCAGCACGGCCCAGCCGAGAGGACCCCCUCGGAGAUCCAGUUUCACCAGGUGAAAUUUGGCGCCCCACGCAGGAAGGAAACUGACCCGCUGAAUGAGCCGUGGGAGGAAGAGUGGACACUACUGGGAAAGGAAGAGCUGAGUGGGAGCCUGCUGCAGUCGGUCCAGGAGGCCUUGGAGGAAAGGAGUCUGACCAUUCGGUCAGCCUCAGAAUUCCAGGUGCCACACAGAAGGAGGCUGGAGCUGGGAUCCAGGCCACUGCAGAGGGUACGAUUGGAGUGGGAUACGGUUACAGGGCAACCUGGUAACGGCUGGGCUGGGCCCUGCCCCUCCUACCAGGAGCUGGACUCCCCAGAUGAUACCAUGGGAACCAUCAAGCGGGCCCCGUUCCUAGGGCCACUCCCCCCUGAGCCUCCAGCAGAGGAGCCUCUGUCCAGUCCCCCAGGAACCGUGCCCCCACCUCCUUCAGGCCCCAAUAGCUCCCCACGGCUGCCCACGGCCUGGGCCACCAUGAAGCAGCGGGAGGAUCCUGAGAGGUCGUCCUGCCACGGGCUCCCCCCAACUCCCAAGGUGCAUAUGGGCGCCUGCUUCUCCAAGGUCUUCAAUGGCUGCCCCCUGCGGAUCCACGCUGCUGUCACCUGGAUUCACCCUGUUACUCGGGACCAGUUCCUGGUGGUAGGGGCUGAGGAAGGCAUCUACACACUCAACCUGCAUGAACUGCAUGAGGAUACGCUGGAGAAGCUGAUUUCACAUCGCUGCUCCUGGCUCUACUGCGUGAACAACGUGCUGCUGUCACUCUCAGGGAAAUCCACGCACAUCUGGGCCCAUGACCUCCCAGGCCUGUUUGAGCAGCGGAGGCUACAGCAACAGGUUCCCCUCUCCAUCCCCACCAACCGCCUCACCCAGCGCAUCAUCCCCAGGCGCUUUGCUCUGUCCACCAAGAUUCCUGACACCAAAGGCUGCUUGCAGUGUCGUGUGGUGCGGAACCCCUACACGGGUGCCACCUUCCUGCUGGCUGCCCUGCCCACCAGCCUGCUCCUGCUGCAGUGGUACGAGCCGCUGCAGAAGUUCCUGCUGCUGAAGAACUUCUCCAGCCCUCUGCCCAGCCCAGCUGGGAUGCUGGAGCCGCUGGUGCUGGAUGGGAAGGAGCUGCCGCAGGUGUGUGUGGGGGCUGAGGGGCCUGAGGGGCCCGGCUGCCGCGUCCUGUUCCAUGUCCUGCCCCUGGAGGCUGGCCUGACGCCCGACAUCCUCAUCCCACCUGAGGGGAUCCCAGGCUCGGCCCAGCAGGUGAUCCAGGUGGACAGGGACACAAUCCUAGUCAGCUUUGAACGCUGUGUGAGGAUUGUCAACAUGCAGGGCGAGCCCACGGCCACACUGGCACCUGAGUUGACCUUUGAUUUCCCCAUCGAGACUGUGGUGUGCCUGCAGGACAGCGUGCUGGCCUUCUGGAGCCAUGGGAUGCAAGGCCGAAGCCUGGAUACCAACGAGGUGACCCAGGAGAUCACAGAUGAAACAAGGAUCUUCCGAGUGCUUGGGGCCCACAGAGACAUCAUCCUGGAGAGCAUUCCCACUGACAACCCAGAGGCACACAGCAACCUCUACAUCCUCACGGGCCACCAGAGCACCUACUAAGAGUGGUGGGCCUGUCCAGGGGCUCCCCACCCCACCCCAUGCCUUAGCGGCAGGCCCUUUUGGGCAAAGGGGCCCAUCCUAGACCAGAGGAGCCCAGGCCCUGGCCCUGCUGGGGCUGAAGGUCAGAAGUAAUCCUGAGAAAUGUUUCAGGCCUGGGGAGGGAGGGGAGCCCCCCACGCCUCUGCAAUAAUUGGACCAGGGGGAGCUGCAGUCACUCCCCCAUCCCCGAGGCAGCCCAGUCCCUAGUGCCCAAGGCAGGGACCCUGGGCCUGGGCCAUCCAUUCCAUUUUGUUCCACAUUUCCUUUCUACUCUUUCUGCCAAGAGCCUGCCCCUGCAUUUGUCCUGGGAAACACGGUAUUUAAGAGAAAACUAUAUUGGUAUUAAAGCUGGUUUGUUUUA